UCGGCUGGUCUGCCUGGCACAAGUCUAUGCCAACAUCCAGCUGCUCGGCUGCAAGUAUCCUGGACCCAUCUUCAGACAAGUACAAGAGCUGGGCAAAGGCCUGGGCGCGCAGUAUCACAAGAAGCGGGCCGGCAAGCUGCAGCGCACGUUUGUAGGCGCUAAAGACGCUGCUGGGGCAAAGGCACGGAGGGAUGGAACUCAGGCUAAGGCUAGGACUGGCCUCAGAAAUUGAACUUACGUUUAAAUAAUAACUCUACAGUAUUAUGAAUAGUUAUCUAAUCCUAUUGAAAAUACUUAGACGUUCUAUGUUUCUUAUUAGACCAUAUUUAGCACCUUGACAUUCAUUAAGCUUGCAUCCUACAGCACCCUGACUUUCAUUUUUUUGAUUUGGCGCAUAAAACAAACUAAAAGAACAUUUAUAUAAUUUAUAUAAUGACAUGGGAAGUGAAGGGGUAAUUUAUGAUUGUGUAGUUUGUCAAGUUUUGUGUUAAUUUAUGAGUUCCAAUAAAUUUAAGAAAUUCUCAACAGUU